AUGGACAAUUUUCCACCGGAAGUGCAGCAUAUUUUGGCAACCGCCUUCGGCAUUCUUUCGGCGACGCAAGUUACUCAGAUGGCUGAUCGGCUUAUGGAGAUGCACGGUUUUUCCAAGCCGUCUAUUUCAGCACUCUCAACUCCCUCAUCUCCUCCUGCGUCUCCUAUUUCGCACUUAGAGAUCGAGUUCAACAAGCUGGCCGAUGAUAUAGCCGCUCUCCAGAAGCCCACAGUUUCUGCCUCAUCUCGGAGCCAACCGCAGCCGUCCACCCCGCAUGUCCAGUCUUCUCAUUCAGCCAGUCCAAACGCAGCUGCCACCUGCUGGUACCACACUAAUUUCGGUGCUAAAGCCCGUCGCUGCGUCUCUUCUUGCUCCUUAACUUCCAAGCAGAGCAAACGGGUUAAACCGGUCAACCCGAAGGUCCGUGCAACCAAUCUUUCCGACAGCUCUAACCCUGGUCGCACAUUUUACGUCCGCGACACCAGGAGUGGCAGACGUUUCUUGGUUGACACUGGUGCCCAGCUUAGUGUCAUUCCACCCACACCAGCUGAUCGUCGGUGCCCCAAUCCCGGUCUUUUCCUACAGGCCGUCAACACAUCGCCUAUUACCACAUUUGGCACCUGCUCCCUCUCUCUGGACAUCGGUCUCCGGCGUCUCUUCCCUUGGGUCUUCGUCGUUGCUGACAUCCCCUGUGCAAUUCUCGGUGCAGAUUUCCUCGCCGCUUUCGAUCUUCUGGUCGACUGCCCUCAGUCACGUCUACACGACAAGACCACCAACCUCACUGUCCGGGGUAUCUCUUCCUCUGACGCCUCCCGUCAUCUUGCCGUCUUGGACCCUGAACCCGAGAAUCCAUUUCGGCAACUCCUCGCCAAAUACCCCGGCCUCACUCGCCCCAACUUCAACGUUUCUAUUCCACCACAUGACGUUGUUCACCACAUUCGGACCACCGGCCCACCCGUGUUUUCUCGCCCCCGCCGUCUCGCGCCUACACGUCUUGCUGCCGCCAAGGCCGAAUUCGAGCAUAUGCUUCAAAUGGGCAUCAUCCGCCAGUCUGAAAGCCCAUGGGCUUCACCCCUCCACAUGGUUCCAAAGGCCGCCACUGAUGACUGGCGCCCCUGCGGUGAUUACAGGGCCCUGAACAACGUUACUGUCCCGGACCGCUAUCCUGUCCCACAUCUUCAGGAUUUUGCCGGUGCCCUAUUCGGCAAGUCUGUAUUCUCGAAGAUCGAUCUGGUCCGUGCUUUCCACCAAAUUCCCAUAGCCCCAGAGGACGUUUCAAAGACGGCCGUUACCACCCACUUUGGCCUCUUUGAGUUCCUGCGCAUGCCGUUUGGACUUCGCAACGCCUCCCAGACCUUCCAAAGGUUUGUAGACAGAGUGCUUCGCGGCCUACCAUUUGUCUACGCCUAUAUCGACGACCUUCUGGUAGCCAGCUCCACCACCGAAGAACACAUGGAGCAUCUGGCAACGGUGUUUGACCGCCUUCAACAAUUUGGCGUUGUUCUCAACCCGUCCAAGUGCGUCUUCGGUGUGCCCUCCCUAGAAUUUCUCGGUCAUCUGGUCGACUCCCACGGCAUUCGGCCUCUUCCCUCAAAGGUUGCCGCCAUUCGGGACUUUCCACCCCCUACCUCGAAGCGUCAGUUGCAACGAUUUCUUGGUAUGGUGAACUUUUAUCGCCGGUUUCUCCCAAACUGUGCCGACACCAUCCUACCUCUGACCAGUCUCCUCUCUGGUUCUAAGCGCACCUUUGAACUUAUAUCAGCCGCACUCACGUCAUUUGAGCAGGUGAAAGCCCUUCUGGCUGACGCCACCCUCCUGACUCACUUUCACGCUGAUGCACCCAUAUCUUUGAUGGUCGAUGCCUCCAAUGUUGCUGUUGGCGCGGUUCUUCAACAAAGUCUGCCGGAUUCUACCGUGCCUUUGGCUUUCUUCUCCAAGAAACUAUCCAAGGCCGAAACCCGCUACAGCACAUUCGGACGUGAACUUCUCGCCGCUUAUCUUGCCGUAAGACACUUCCGGCACUUACUCGAAGGUCGAGAGUUCACAAUUUUCACUGAUCAUAAGCCACUCACGUUUGCAAUACAUUCCCACUCUGACAAGCUAAGCCCCCGGGAGAUCCGUCACCUGGACUACAUUUCGCAAACUUGUUCCCAAAGAGGAUGAAUUUUUCCUACUCAGUGCGUCAGUGUGUAAAGAUUAAAUGCCCGUACCAGUAGCUGUGACCUAGGGUUGCGUAUUCACCUGUGCGUGUUGCUUAGAAAGCGAUUGUUUUCUGUAUCAGCUUCUGUUUAUAAGAACGUCUGCAGAAAACGCAAACUACCAACUCCUUAAGAGCACCUGUAUUCCCCUUUCCCAAUCCGCAACAUAGUCAGCUGAUGACAGUGUACAAUUCUCUACCAGAAGUACAACGCACUUUAGCAUCUUAUUCUUGCCUUCUCUCGAUCUUUCAGCCUAGUCAAAUGGUCGACCAACUUCGCCAAGUUCUCAAUGGUUUCAAUUCCUCCUACUUUUCCUAUCUCGGGCUGGAGGUCACAGUUUGUUUAGUUUGCUCAUGAUUUAACUGUUUUGUAACAAUAGACAGACUCUUGUCCAUCCUACAGCCCGCAGAGGUCAUCUACGCGGCGCAAAGAUGAGUGUCCUCCCUUUCACAAUAACCGACAGUUCGUGCCCCCAACGCAGGCCUCUUCCUUCAGACUGUAAACGCCUACUUCAGCGCCACCUUCGGCACCUGCACAUUCUACUUGAACAUCGGCCUCCGGCAUCUUCUCCUUUGGUUCUCUGACAUUGCGGACGUUCAUAUGCCAUUCCUGGCGCAGACUUCGUUGUCACUUUCAAUCACCUGGUCGACUGCCCGUAGUCGUGUCUACACGACCGAGCCAUCGGUCUCACCAUCCGAGGUAUCCCUUCCUCCAAGGUAUUCCGCCGCCUCACCAUCCUGGAUCCUGGUCCAGAUUUUCCAUUUCAGCAGCUCCACGUCAAACGCCCCGGCUUCAUCCUUCCCAGGUUCGACACGUCCACACCACCGCGCGACUUUGUCUAUCACAUUAGUACCAUUGGUGCCCAUGCAGUUUCUGGACCUGCCGCCUCUCGCCUACACGUCUCUCUGCGCCAAGGCCGAUUCCGAACAAGCGCUUUCGGGUGGGCAUCGUCCGUUAAUCUAGAAGCUCUUUGGCAUCGUUCCUCCACCUAG